UUGCUGUUUGAAUUUAGCCGGUCAGACAUUUUACAUCCUCCUCCAGUGACCCGGACCUUGUUUAAGCGAUUGAUGUGGGCAGGAAGUCUUUUUAGUAAAAUCUAUCUUCUGAUUGUAGCAGUAAUUAAGUAAACUGCUACAAAUCCCAGCUGUGGACUAACAUAUGAGUCCGUCUUGUGAAUCUUACCCAAAUAAAUAUUGUUUUAUUUACUUUGGGAAUAUGAAGCUAAAGGCAAAUGAGAACAUGCAUAUUCAAAAUAAUGUAAAAUAUUUUUUUGAAAUGGAGAAAUGUGUACAACAUAAGAAUAUUGUAGUUUUAAAAAUGGCAUACUAUCACAAAAAAUGUGUAACUGAGUAGAUGUCUUGAAACAGCAACAGAUUAAAAAUAAAGAGCUCAUAAGUUGAGGAGUUUGCAGAGAGCAGUUUUGGUUAUACAGUUGUUGGAAGGAAGGAUCUUUGAUAAUGCUCCUUUGUCCACAUAUGAUACAGAAAUUUGUCACUGACUUCUUGUCAGGACGCAGAAUAGUGACAUUUGUCGAGUAUCGAUGGCGUUCAGGAUGUGGCCGUUGGGAUUCAGGUCACAUUUGAAAAGAUUGGAUACGUAUCGGAUAUCCAAACUGCGUGUGUCGCAUUUGAAAAAAAAAGUCCGACCUGUGUUGUUCAGACUGUAGUAAAAAGAUCAGAUACAGGUAGCAUUACGUUAAAAAAUUGGAAUUGGGUCAAAUUACGAUUAAGGCUAUGUCAGACUAAGGCAGAAGUAGCUUAGUCUGCAUCAACUGCAUAUGCUGGUGGGUCGAGUUUGUUCAUUUUUAGUCACUGGUUGCUCAUCAUCGUUCCACAGACUGCAAUUCGGCCGACCUUUUACAUGGAUAACAUAAACCUAAAGCUUCAGUCUGUUAUCAGUUUUCAUUUAUCUAUUUCCAAUGUCAAUAAAUAGCAAACAUGUUCUUUUAAACUCGUUCACUCUUCUAUUAUUGUUAAGGUGAUCGACCAUGUGCAGAAGAAAUUCGCUGAAUUGGGAAGUCCUAAUAAAAUGAAGGUGUACAGUUUUGGUGAAGGGGCCAAAGCCUGGGUGUCUGACUUUAACCAUCCACACUACAUGGCUGGUCGCAGAGCAAUGAAGACAGUUUUUGGCGUUGAGCCGGACCUGACCCAUGAGGGCGGCAGCAUUCCCAUCACUCUGACCUUCCAGGAGGCGACAGGCCGGAACGUCAUGCUGCUUCCUAUCGGAUCCUCCGAUGAUGGAGCUCACUCACAAAAUGAAAAAAUCAAUAGAUCAAACUACAUUCAAGGAAUCAAGAUGCUGGCUGCCUACUUCCAUGAAGUUUCACAACUGGGUUGAACUCAUAAAGUCUUUUCUUAAAUAACAUCUACACUGACUCUCAGAACCUAAACCCUUUUGGUGCGGUUUUUACUUUUCAAUCAAAAGCGUUUUUGUAGACGUCUGACAGUAAACUGGCUUUCACAUUAAUCAGUUUUGGACACUGGUGAUAUUUCCUUCUUAUGGUGUUUUCAUGUUUAGUUAAUGCUACAAAUUUGCUGUUGACAAUAAGGAUAUUCUACUUUAUGAUGAUUUUCUUUUGCAAAUUGCUGCAGAAAUAUGAUACAUAAACAUAUGAUAAAUGAGAAGAUAUUGCUUUAAUUUACUAACAUCUAAACAAGCAUACAUUUUAAUGACUUUACUGAAUAAUUGCUCUACACCAGUCAUAAUCUGUAAUAACUUCUUUUUAAUUGAACAGGCAUACACCUGCCAUUUGCAUGCUGUUGUACAUUUUGCGUUUAUUUUAAAUUUUUAUCUUUUUAUGUCAGUAGCAAACGGGAAGCGUCUAUCACGUGAAAAGAGUCUCACAUCAGCAUAAAUGCCUGACAUCAGCUGAACUGGACCCAACGGAAACCACAGGAUCAAGAACCCCCACGCGAUAAGAAUACAGAACGCACGUAAACGGCGCCGCCAUAUUGCGAGUGGCUUUUUUUUGUAAUUUGUACACAAAUUUGCGUAAUAAGCCUCUUUUGUUUUGUAUAUUAAGCUAUGUGUCUUUUGUUUGACUACUAAAUUAAAAAUAUACAAAACUUCAAUCGGCUUGAGGUGUGUAUAAGAGUUAUUGUACGUUUAUUUCUGGUUUAAAAAUGACAAAGAAUAUUUGAUUUUAUUCACAUAAAAAAAAUCUGACUCUUCAUAACCAAUGGAAAAGCCUUCGUCAUUUCUUUGUCAACUUUCUUUUUGUUUAGAAAUAUAAUAUUUUGUGUUACUUACUUUCUGUUUUUAUACUUUUAUUUUGUGUGAAUCUGCAUACUCUGACUUACUUGUCAAUUUGCAUGGCAUGUCUGAAUAUCACCCCUAAGGGACAAUAAAGGUUAUUUCUGUUCUAUUCUA